AUGUCCUCCGACGCUGAGCCCAAGGGGCCUGUGGUGGAGGAGGCCAACCACGUCACUCCCGAGACGGCUGACACGAUAGAGGCCCCCGUUACCUGGCAGGCUUAUGUGAUGUGCGCCUUUGCCUCAUUUGGUGGUAUCAUGUUCGGUUACGACUCCGGCUACAUCAACGGUGUCAACGGCUCAGAGAUCUUCAUCAAAGCUGUCGAGGGCGACGGCCACGAUAGUCUCAGCUACGAGAACAGCUCCCUUAUCGUCUCUAUCCUCUCCGCCGGUACUUUCUUCGGUGCCCUCAUUGCCGGUGACUGCGCCGACACCAUCGGCCGCAAGUGGACUGUCAUUUCAGGCUGUGUCAUCUACGCCCUCGGUGUUGUCAUUCAGAUGAUCACCAACCCCGAUUCUGCUCUUGGUCCCAUCGUCUCCGGCCGUCUCAUCGCUGGUUUCGGUGUUGGCUUUGUCUCCGCAACCGUCAUCCUCUACAUGUCCGAGAUUUGCCCUCGCAAGGUUCGUGGUGCCCUCGUCGCCGGAUACCAAUUCUGCGUCACCAUUGGUCUCAUGCUUGCCUCCGUCGUCGUUUACGCCACCAAGAACCGCGAUGACACUGGCGCCUACCGCAUUCCCAUUGCCGUCCAGUUCCCCUGGGCCAUUGUUCUUGCCGUUGGUCUCUUCUUCUUGCCUGACUCUCCCCGUUACUUCGUCAAGAAAGGCAACAUGGAGAAGGCCAGGAUUGCCCUGGGCCAGGUCCGUGGCCAGCCCGUCGACUCUGUCUACGUCCAGAGCGAGCUUGCCGAGAUCAUUGCCAACGAGGAGUACGAGCGUGCACUGGUCCCCUCCACCACUUGGUUCGGCAGCUGGGCCAACUGCUUCAAGGGCAGUCUCUGGAGCCCCAACUCCAACCUGCGCCGCACCAUCCUAGGUACUUCGCUGCAGAUGAUGCAGCAGUGGACUGGUGUCAACUUCAUCUUCUACUACUCCACCCCCUUCCUUCAGUCCACCGGCGCCAUCGACAACAGCUUCCUGACCUCGAUGGUCUUCACCAUUGUCAACGUCUGCUCCACCCCCUUCUCCUUCUACACUGUUGAGAAGUUCGGUCGCCGCACUAUCCUCCUCGCCGGAGCUUUUGGUAUGCUUGUGUGCCAGUUCCUCGUCGGCAUUGUCGGUGUCACCGUCGGCUUCGACCACACUCACCCCGACCCCGACGACGCCACCGCCCAGGUGGCUGACAACAUCCCUGCCGUCAAUGCUCAGAUUGCCUUCAUUGCUAUCUUCAUCUUUUGGUUCGCAUCCACCUGGGGACCUGGUGCCUGGGUUCUCAUUGGCGAAAUUUUCCCCCUGCCUGUCCGCUCCCGCGGCGUUGCCCUGUCUACUGCCUCCAACUGGCUGUGGAACUGCAUCAUUGCCGUCAUCACCCCUUACAUGACUGACGCCGACAAGGGUGACAUGAAGUCUACCGUCUUCUUCGUCUGGGGUGGCCUGUGCACCUGCGCCUUCGUCUACUCCUACUUCCUCAUUCCUGAGACCAAGGGUCUUACCCUCGAGCAAGUCGAUAGGAUGAUGGAGGAGACUACCCCUCGCACUUCGGCCAAGUGGAAGCCUAGCACCACCUAUGCUUCUCAGAUGGGCACCAAGGAUGGCGUCUUGGACCCUGCUGUUGUCGCCCAGGCUGCCCGCCGCGGCUCCGCCGUUUAA